GUCAUCGGAAGCCGGGACCAUAGAGACACUCGCCCCCUCAGGCACGCGCUGGAGAGCUGGAGACCAAGGCAAGCAGCUAGCGCGGGCCGGUGGCGGGCGGACGGUGUGGCUCCGAGUCUGAGGCCUGGCUCUGAGCCGUAGGGGUUCGAGUCCCGCUCCUGCCCAGGGUGGCCUCACGGCUUCGCACCACUCUCUGAUCAUCUCACUCAGGAGGCCGUCGGCAGUACAGACGGCUGGCGGCGAGACAAUGAGCGAAAAGCCGAGCGACGAAGGCCCGGAACCUAUGGAGGACCGCGGUCAGGAUGAUGGCAGUGCCGUGGGCAGCCCCGCAGUCCCCGCAUCCCAAGAGUCGGGAGCAGAGCCUGGGGCGGCUGUUGCACCCGAGUCCCAGCCCGGACUCUACAGCUACAUCAGGGGCGACCUGUUCACCUCAGAGAUCUUCAAGUUGGAGCUGCAGAACGUACCCCGCCAUGCCAGCUUCAGCGAUGUCCGCCGCUUUUUGGGCCGCUUUGGCUUGCAACCGCACAAAACCAAACUCUUCGGGCAACCCCCUUGUGCCUUCGUGACAUUCCGCAGUGCUACAGAGCGGGACAAGGCCCUGCGAGUGCUGCAUGGGGCCCUCUGGAAAGGCCGUCCACUCAGCGUGCGCUUGGCCCGGCCCAAGGCUGACCCCAUGGCCAAGAAGAGGCGGCAGGAGGGUGAGGGUGAGCCCCCCACAGCGCACAUUGCCGAUGUGGUGACCCCUCUUUGGACAGUUCCCUAUGCUGAGCAACUGGAGCAGAAGCGGCUGGAAUGUGAGCAGGUGCUACAGAGACUGGCCAAGGAAAUUGGGAACACCAAUCGCGCCCUGCUGCCCUGGCUGCUCACACAGAGGCACAAGCACAACAAGGCCUGCUGUCCAUUGGAGGGGGUCAGGCCAUCACCACAGCAGACUGAAUAUCGUAAUAAGUGUGAGUUUCUUGUUGGAGUUGGGGUAGAUGGAGAAGACAAUACAGUUGGCUGUCGACUCGGCAAGUACAAGGGUGGGACAUGUGCUGUGGCAUCCCCCUUUGACACUGUGCACAUCCCUGAGGCAACCAAGCAGGUGGUAAAAGCCUUCCAGGAGUUCAUCCGGUCUACCCCAUACUCGGCAUAUGACCCUGAGACAUACGCAGGCCACUGGAAGCAGCUGACUGUGCGCACCAGCCGCCGUGGCCAGGCCAUGGCCAUCGCCUACUUCCACCCCCAGAAACUGAGUCCUGAGGAGCUGGCAGGGCUGAAAGCCUCUCUGGUGCACUACUUCAUGGAGGGGCCUGGCAGAGCCAGCGGGGUGACCUGCCUUUACUUCGUGGAGGAAGGACAGCGAAAGACUCCCAGCCAGGAAGGCCUGCCCCUGGAGCAUGUAGCUGGGGACCAGUGCAUCCACGAGGACCUGCUUGGGUUAACCUUCAGGAUCUCCCCUCAUGCCUUCUUCCAGGUAAACACGCCGGCUGCAGAGGUACUGUACACUGUCAUCCAAGACUGGGCCCAAUUGGACAGGGAAAGUACAGUACUGGAUGUAUGCUGUGGUACCGGCACCAUUGGCUUAGCCCUGGCCCAGAAGGUGAAGAGAGUCAUUGGGAUUGAACUGUGCCAAGACGCUGUGGAGGAUGCCCGGGUGAAUGCCCAGACCAAUGAGCUGAGCAAUGUUGAGUUCCACUGCGGAAAGGCUGAGGACCUGGUUCCUGCCCUGGUGAACAAACUGGGUUCCCAACAACUUGUAGCUAUCCUGGAUCCACCCCGAGCUGGCCUACAUUCCAAAGUGAUUCUGGCCAUCCGUAGAUCUGAGAACCUCAAGAGGCUCCUGUAUGUUUCAUGCAACCCUAGGGCAGCCAUGGGCAACUUUGUGGACCUCUGCAGGGCCCCAUCUAAUCGGGUGAAGGGCACCCCCUUCCGACCAGUCAAGGCUGUGGCUGUGGACUUGUUCCCACAAACCCCACACUGUGAGAUGCUCAUCCAGUUUGACAGAAUGGAUUACCCUAAUGGCACAGAGGCCCUAGGGCAUGAAGACCCUCCACCUGAGCCUCCCCCAGAACCUCAUCUUGACAUUCCACAAGAAACUGGGGCCUCCUAAGCCCUGGGAUCUGCAGAAACGAGCAGUUCCAGAGCAGGGUCCAUCAAGGGAACAGAAGCUGGAAGAUUUAUAAUCACAUUUGCUUGAGUAUGCAGUCAUAGGGCACAAGGCCUUGCUGCCCAAUCAUAGAUUAGCUGACUUGAUGCUAUGGGCUAUUGCUCAAAAGAUGGAUGGACUCCUGGAUCCUGUCUACCACCCCGAGUCUUUGUAAUAACCAGCCUUGUGAGGGCCAAAAUAAACAAUUGCUUAAACUGUUUCUGUU